AUGCAACCAACUCCAAAAAGAGAGGACAGUAUUAAAUGGUUUCUAAAUACAACAACGUUUAGCAUCCAAUCAGCAUGGGAGGCAAUCAGACCUAAAGGGCAAUAUCAGAGUUGGACUAGCAUUGUUUGCUCAAGCUCAUCAGAAUCAAUGGCGGUGAAAACAUCGAAGGCCGAAAAGAAGAUCGCUUAUGAUCAGAAGCUGUGCCAACUUCUUGAUCAGUACACCCAGGUCCUCAUCGCCGCGGCCGACAAUGUCGGAUCGAACCAGUUGCAGAAUAUUAGGCAGGGACUUCGUGGAGACUCUAUCGUGCUGAUGGGGAAAAAUACUAUGAUGAAGAGGUCCAUCAGAAUCCAUUCUGAGAAGACCGGCAACAAGGCCUACCUCAACCUUAUUCCUCUGAGGCUGCCCUGCUUGCAAAACUUGGGAUAA